GACUGCGGACACAGUACAGGGGAUGACCAAGAGACUGCGGACACAGUACAGGGGAUGACCAGAGACUGCGGACACAGUACAGGGGAUGACCAGAGACUGCGGACACAGUACAGGGGAUGACCAGAGACUGCGGACACAGUACAGGGGAUGACCAGAGACUGCGGACACAGUACAGGAGAUGACCAGAGACUGCGGACACACUACAUCAGAAGGCAGGGGGCGCACUGAGCUCCGAGGACAGGCCACACCAGCAGAUAGGACCGGACUGUAGAGCAGGGAGCACACUAUGGACACAUGCCAGGAAAGGGGAGGCGCUGUAAGGACAGGCCACACCCGCAGACCGGACUGCAGAGCUGGGAGCUCAGUACAUAGACAUGCCAGGAGCGGGGACGAGCUCCGAGGACAGGCCACGCCUGCAGGGCGGACCGGACUGCAGAGCAAGCUGGCUGGGUUCGGCGAGGGGACUGCCUGCUAUGAAGAGCUGCGAGGACAGCCC